AUGGCCGAUGAUGACACAGCCCAAACCAAUGAGCCAGCCCUAAACCGGAACUGUGAUUAUGACGAAAGGGCCAAGAACACAAAUCGAGUUGCUGCCAUCUUUACACCUGUGUUAGGCUACUCUAUAGGGAGACGUCCAGACCUUGAGGAUGGAUGGAACGAAUUGCUUCCAUCCUUUAAUUUUGACAUCGAAGGCUUGGUAAAGGAGAUCCCCAUGGUUAAAAUCGGCUCUAAUUACUAUAUAAAUCUUAUUGCAACAGUACUGUCAUUGAUAAAGGUACUGGAAGUGCUCCUUAAACUUGGAAGAAUGGGGUUCCGUUGCUUUCCCUCUUGUAGGAAAGAUCACACCUCAAAGGGACUCGCUGGAACUUUGGAAAGGGCUGCAGACAGGCCAGUCCCCGGGUGGCAUGGAGCUUGGGGAGAUUUCGGUAGAUUAGUAGGACAUGUGUCACCCCCCAUUAACUGGGAGUUCACACCAGAACAAAUGUUUGAUUCUGGUGAGAUGGCCCACUGUUUGGCAGAAGGGUGUUUUUCCUACAAAGAUCCAAAUAUGCAAUUCUCCGCUUUGUGCUGGGGCCUGGCUAAUGCUUAUCGAGCUGCCAUAGACCACCUUCAAAGGGUUAAGGUCGACACAGAGACCCAAACCACGCCACUUGAAACCAGUGAUGUCCCUAUUAGGUCUACAGAUGUUGGGGUCCAAACACAACUUGAAGUCAAUGCCAUUUCUACUAAGUCCACUAGAACCGGGACUCAAGCUAAGAACCGGAAGGUCAUCAUUGCCCCUAUGGAGAAGAAGAAGACGUGGGUAAGGGAGAUCAAGGAACUUACGGAUCCAUCUCCGCAACCAGAACGCACAGAAGAAAGGGAAGAAGAAGAAGAAGAAGAAGAAGGAACAGAGGAUGUAGUAGAUGAAAGAGCGGCAGCAAUGGGAGAAGGAGCAACAGCAAGUGAUGAAGGCGCGACUGCGAGAGAGGAAGAAGUGGUUGUGACUGAGGAAGGAGCGAUUGGAAGAGAAGAAGUAGCUACCAGAGAGAAAGAAACGGCUACACGGGAAGGAGCACGUCCAAAGGAACUAGGGGCACGCCCAAAGGAAUACAGAAUAGCAUCAAGAGAAAAGAAAGCAACAGUACAAAUGGCCGGUGGUAUAUUGUCGCUUGAUGAUUUAUAUCCUGACUACACAUUCAGUGUUACAAAAGACGCAAAGAAGGAGCCAAAGCAUCCCCCUCAAUUGGAGCGGGAAUUAUCCCUACCCCUCCAGACCCAACCUUCGCUUGGAGGUGUGAAUGACUGGAGGAGGAGGCCCUUAUCUCAGCACGCGAAAGAUUACUCACUACCUCCACCCACGGGGUAUCGCGAACGACGCAGGAGUCCAUCCCCAUGGCGUGAAUGGCAUAGAAGUCCAUCUCCGCGGCGUGAACGGCGCAGAAGUCCAUCUCCGCGGCGUGAACGGCGUAGGAGUCCAUCCCCACGGUAUGAACGGCGUAGAAAUCCAUCUCCACAGCGUGAACAAUAUAGAAGCUUAUCCCCACGGCAUGCCCAGUCUCUACCUCCACAUGAGAGAUAUAGGGAGGAAGCGGGAGCAGUCCCACGUAGGAGUGGAAGAGUAAAGAGAGAAGUGGAAAAGAUUCUACGUGGGAGAGAUGGACAAGAAAUAAUGCGAGAAAGCGAAAUUACACAAUCACUGACCACAAGAGAGCUUCGAGAUUUACGGAGAGAUUAUAUGCGUUUGCCUGGUGAAGAAGUCCUCACCUGGCUGGUGCGAUGCUGGGACAAGGGAGCUGAUAGUCAUGUAAUUGAAGGUGAUGAAGCACGACAAUUGGGAUCCAUUGCUCGAGACCCUGUGAUAGAACAAGAAAUGGGGAGGGAGAAAAUGGCAUCCAGCCUUUGGCUCCGAAUCCUCCACGCGGUGAGAGUGAAAUACCCAUUUAAGGAGUCCCUGAAGAGUUCUUCAAGAAGGUGGAGGACUGCAGAAGAAGGCAUCCAAUACCUACGGGAAUUGGCCAUGCUGGAGAUCAUCUAUUCUGAUCCAGAUUAUUAUGACAUCCAAGUUCCUGAGAAUGUUCCCUGCACGCAACCAAUGUGGAAAAAGGUAAUUCAAGGUGCCCCUAAACCAUAUAUUUCUUGCUUGAUACCCGUAUAUAAUCCAAAGAUGGAGGAACCAAGCGUGGACACUAUGUGUGCUUGGAUAAGAACCAUAGAGGAAAAUAUGGAAGACUCCUUCAAUCCCCUGUACCAACGCACCUACGAUAGGGAAAGAAUGGAGAGAGAUUAUGAAUAUUCCAGAUAUGAGGACGACCUUAGAGACAGAGAGGACAGAAGGUAUAGAGAUUACCAAGAAAGGCCAAUGGGAAGAUCACGGUGGGACCGGCAAAGACGACCUCGGCCUAGACCUCGAUCCUGGUCUCGAUCUCGCUCACGGUCCCUGUCAUUCACGCGUCGAAGGAAAGAGAACUCUAAGUGUUGGUCACGUAACCAACUAUGGGCAUACCUUCGUAGUAAAGGAGAAAACAUGAAGAAGUGGGAUGGUGAACCCACUUCUAAGCUUGAAGCUAGAAUGAGGGAGCUGAAGCGAAAGAAGACUGACAAGAAAGUUGUCUAUGUAGUAGACGGAGACUUCUUAGAAGAGAAACUGCGAUUGCCAAAACACGAGAAGAUGGAGGUCCACUUCGACAACAGCAAAAAGUCUAAGAAGUCAAAGUCAAACUCUGACGACGAAUGUUCUGAUCAAGACCAGUAG